CAUCAGAUUUGAUCUGAUGUUGCUAUACUCUGUGCGGCAGGUCAUCUGUAAGGAUGCGCUGUUUAACGCUGUUAUUAUGCAUCUUGUCCAUGGGUAACGAAUUAAAUGCUCAGUUUGACCCUUUUAUAUAUGAUGAUGACUGGCACGGGCAUCAUCGUUGGAGACACAUUCAUCGUCCUUUAAAGGAGCUGGACUUCGACCUGACACCAAAGUUUGCGCUGGUGACUCCGGCAGUGCUGAGAGUGGAAAAUAAAGAAAACAUCCUGCUGGAGGCGUUUGGAAUUUCUGAGCCCGUCAGUGUUUCUCUCUCCAUUUAUGAUUUUCCAGUAAAGUUAAGGCAACUCUGGCAGGGAACCAUCCUUCUCAACUCGGAUAAUAACUACAGCUUCCUCCAAACCAUCGAGAUUAAUCCGAGCCUCCUUCAGCCAGAAAUGAAAGAGACCAAGUAUGUCCAGCUAGUUGCCAAAUUUGGACACUUCCGUGAGAUUAAGCAUGUCAGUAAAGUGUCCUUUCUGUCUGGUUACAUCUUCAUCCAGACUGACAAACCCAUCUACAACCCAGGAGACACAGUGCGUUGCAGAGCUUUUAUUUCUAAUGCAGAUUUUCAGGCUGUCAAUGGCACCAUUUCCGUAGAAAUCCAGAAUCCUGAUGGAAUUACAGUCUAUACCACACCUCGGAGCAAAGCCGCAAACGGCAUUCACUCCAACACUUACGGACUCUCUGAUAUCGUCAAAGAGGGCAAGUGGAAAGUUGUUGCCAAAUUUGACCACUGGAAAGAGAACACAUAUAGUGCAAAUUUUGAGGUGAAAAAAUAUGUGCUACCAGCCUUCAAUGUUACACUAAUACCGAAAAAGACCCACUUCAGUUUGGAAGAUGAGGAGUUGGUGGUGGAAGUGUAUGCCAGAUAUGUGUACGGCGAGAAAGUGGAAGGUGUCGCAUACGUGGUGUUUGGAUUAGACAGAAAUGGAGAGAAAGUGCGACUCUCGUCCUUGAAGCAAGUGACAAAUCUGGAUGGUGGGAUCGCCACUCUGACCAUAGCCGAGCUUAAGAACGUGUACCCCGAUAUCAACAGCAUAGUGGGCUCGUCCAUAUACGUCAAAGCUUCCGUCUUGACCAGCUCAGGAAGUGACCUAGUGGAUGCAGAGAGGACAGGCAUCAAAAUCGUCGUGGCACCAUACGUGCUCGCAAUCAAGGACACGUCAAGGUUUUAUAAAUCGGGCCUGCCAUUUGAUGUGACGGUUACGGUUAGCCACCAUGAUGGCUCCCCUGCUCCAAAUGUUCCUGUUAAAAUCACCUUAUUGUCCACUCCGAUCACAAGCCACAGCGGCACCAUCAAAGUGUCACUUAACAUGCCUUCUGGCAUGCACCCUGUGACAUUAACAGCAGAGACGGUAAUCCCGGAUUUGAAGCAGGAACAGCAGACAAAGGCUGACUGGUUCGUGGAGCCGUACUCACCGUUUAAUUUUCAGCGGCUGAAUCAGCUUCACAUCACGUUAGACACAAAUACGAUGAAGUCUGGAGAGACUUUAAACUUCAAACUGCACUUGAGCACCUUCUCAGAGAAAGAAAUCAGCUACCUGAAGCAUGUUUCCUACAUUGUGCUGAAUAAGGGGAGAAUAAUCCGUGCUGGCAGGGUAAGCAUCGUAGGGCAUCAAGUGACUAAUGUUCCCCUGAUGCUGACUUCAGAGAUGCUGCCUGCAUUCCGUUUCCUGGUGUACUACGUAUUGCCGUGGAACCAUGGAGUGGAGGUGGUGGCCGAUUCCAUGUCAGUGGAUGUGGAGAGCCAUUGUGUGGGAUCACUCAAGGUUGAACCACUGAGAGGUGAGGUGAAGGACUCGUAUUCACCAGGCGACAGCUUUAGCUUUCAAGUUAAGGGCGACCCCGGAGCAAAGGUCAGCCUGGUCGCUGUGGACAACGCCAUUUUCCUGCUGAGUAAGAACCGCCUGACGCAGAAGAAGAUUUGGGACACGCUGGGACAGGGGGAUUUGGGCUGCUCUCCAGGUGGCGGGAAGAACAGCAUGGGUGUGUUCCUGGACGCAGGCCUGAACUUUCAGUCCAGCUUCAGUGUAGCAACCGAUGAAAGACGAGACAAACCGUGUUACUGGAAGUCCAGGAGGAAGCGUUCCGCUGAACAACUGCAUCUCCGAGCCCAACUUGAGAAAACCUAUUCUGACCAGUUUCUACAGCGAUGCUGCUCUGAUGGCAUGAGGGAGAUUCCCAUGCCAUAUUCGUGCCGCCGUCGUGCUCUUUACAUCACUGAGAACUGGAGCUGCGUGAUAGCUUUUCUCCAGUGUUGCUCAAAGUACAGGGGUGAAGAGCUGGGCAUCAUCACCCCACCAGAGCCAACCACACCAGAGCCGACCACACCAGAGCCGACCACACCAGUGCCGACCACACCAGUGCCAACCAUCACCAUUCUACUCAGCCCCCGUGGUGGAUACGAGCGAACGCUGCAACUUGAACGGUUUUCAUUCAGACGUCCAACAGGCCAAGCGCGUACACCUCUUUUAGGGGCUUCCAAUCCUAUGGCCAGUGGUCCUGUUUUUAAUGCAUCGCCCUCCAUCCAUUCUGAGCAUGUAGUCUUGGCAUCAGUGGAAUCAGAGAAAACAGGGGAGGAGUACGAUGAUGAGGAUUAUGAGCUGGAUGACAUUUAUGUUCGCACUAAGUUUUUCGAAUCCUGGCUAUGGACUGAUGUCAAACUUCCUGGAGCACCCGAGGCAGAUGGAUUGGCUGUUUUGCCGGUGACGUCCGUUAUCCCUGACAGUAUCACUCAGUGGGGGAUUUUUGGUGUUAGUGCGUCAACUAAGACAGGUUUCUGUGUAGCCGAGCCGUUCAACAUCCGAGCCUGGAAGCGCUUCUUUAUCGACCUUCGUCUUCCUCGCACUGCAGCCAGAAAUGAGCAUGUCGAAGUCAAGGCCGUGCUGCACAACAACUUGAACGAGAACAUGAAGGUGUUGGUGAUCCUGGCAAAGACGGAGGACAUUUGCAGUGUGGCGUUUACUGAGGAUCAUAAGCAGGAGGUGUUUGUGCGAGCUCGUUCCUCUGUGCUCAUCCUCUAUACUGUAAUCCCGCUCCGAGCAGGAGAGCUCCCCCUGCAGGUCACUGCGGUGUCACAUAGCUUCAUUGGACAGGAUGCGAUCCGCAAAAACCUCCGUGUUGUGGUGGAGGGCAUUCAGAAGAUGGAUGUGAGGAGCUUUGUGUUGAAUCCUGCUGAUAAAGGAGACAGCGAUGGUAAUCAGCUGAUUCGGGUGGAUAAAGCUAAACUCAGUUCAGUGGUUCCCAACUCUCUUCCAGAAACAUUCGUCAACAUCAGAGGUAGUUUGCUGGCCGACAGCAUUGACAACUCCAUCAAUAAGGACUCACUGGCGGCGCUGAUCCGGAUGCCCGGAGGCUGUGUGGAGCAGAAUCUGGCUAGCAUCAUACUGCCGCUCAUCGCUGCUCACUAUCUGGACCGCAGCUCACAGUGGGAUAGUGUGGGAUUGCAGCGCAGAGAUGAGGCCCUGCUCUACAUUAAAAAAGGUUAUGAGAACCAGCUUCAUUAUCGCAAAACAGACAACUCAUAUCCACCGUAUCGCAAUGAAGGAACCAGCACCUGGAUCACAGCGUUUGUGGUGAAGGUGUUCUCCAUGGCUUAUCCGUUCAUCACAGUGGAUGAGCAGCACAUAUGUGGCCCGCUGCUCUACCUACUCAAGCACAAGCAGCUCUCAUCUGGAGCGUUCAAGGAGGACAACCCUGUCUAUACAACCUCCAUGACGGGAGGUCUGCAGGGUGCCGAAUCCAGGGAAACUCUGACUGCUUUUGUACUGCUUGCAUUGGCUGAAGCUCAGAGUGCCGUUACAUGCAGUGAUCCAGAAAUAAAUACAGCGGUGAGGUUCAGAAGAGCUGGAGAGUAUCUGAAGGAGCAAUACCACCGGCUGCGCAGGCCGUAUUCUGUCGCAAUUGCAUGUUACGCCCUGGCUGUGAGCAAUCAGGGCUGCUCAAAGAGUGUGUUGCUGAAAUCAGCAUCACCAGACCGCACACACUGGCCAGAUGCAGACAAUUCCCUCUUCACGCUGGAGGCGACAGGUUAUGCACUGCUAGCCCUGCUUAAAGGUGGCCAUUCUGAGGAGGCGGCUGCUCCGUUCAAGUGGCUGAAUCAGCAGCGACGAGUUGGGGGAGGAUACGGAUCAACACAGUCCACCAUGGUGGUACUGCAGGCUCUGUCGGAGUACCUGGUCAAAAAACCCCCUCCGUCUGACAUGAGCCUGCGGGUGGACCUCGGUGUUCCCGGUCGCUCGGAUAUACGCUGGGCCUUCACCCGUCAUCUGGCUCAUGUGGCACGUUCCUCUCGGGUCCCUCUAGAUCAGGACUUUACAGUGCUUGCCUCAGGAAAUGGCCAAGGAAUCCUGGAGGUGGUAACAGUUUACAAUGCGUUGCCUGAUGAGCAUGAGAAGAGCUCCUGUAAUGGCUUUGAUUUAAACGUUUCCAUUUCGGAAAGCAAUGAGAAGCCUCCAGCAGAAGUAGAGAAGGUGUACAAACUAGGCAUCAAUGUGAGAGCUCUGACACAGCGUCAAGUGCGCAUGGCAGUUCUUGACAUCAGUCUGCCUACCGGCUUUGAACCAGAAACCUCGGACCUCCAGCUGCUGACUAACUCUGUGGAUCGCUACAUUAACAAUUUCCAAGUUGUAGAUAAUCUGAGCGAUCGAGGAUCUCUCAUCAUUCAUCUGUUCAAGGUGUCCAACAAAGAGGCAGACGUCAUCUCAUUCAGGCUGAACCAAAAGUUUAAAGUGAGCCUCCUGCAACCGUCUACAGUCACUGUAUACCAGUAUUACAACACAGAUAAACGUUGCAGCAGGUUCUACACUCCACCAGAGGACAAAGAGCAGCUCAGUCAGAUCUGCAAAGACAACAUUUGCCGCUGCACACAGGGUGAUUGCUGCGUGAUGAAGACAGCUGCUCAGACACAUGCAGCAAGGAGGAAGGCUGCUUGCAGCGGAAUCCACCACGCAUACAAGGUCAGAGUGUCAAGCGUCAGUGCGAGCCAAUAUGACAGAUAUGAGGUGGAAAUCCUGCAGGUCAUAAAAGAAGGCUCCGAGUUCGGUGUAAAGGAAAAGGACACGCGAGUGUUUCUCUCACACGCUGGCUGCAGGGCGGGGCUUAAUCUACUUGAAGGGCAGGACUACAUCAUCAUCGGGCCACCCUCUGACGUUUGGCAAGCAGGCAGUGACAAGAACGGGUAUACAUACACUCUGGGGAAGGAGACGUGGGUGGAGCGCUGGCCGUCAUCAACCGAGUGUAAUGCUGCUACGCUAAACACAUGCACUGAGCUGGAGAAAUUUACAGCAGAAUUGCGGGACACCGGCUGCCAAACCUGAGAAACACCACACACGGGGUUGUCUGUGUUCACUGCCUACACAUACAUAAAUAUUGAUAUAUUGAAAUGCAGGAUAUGUUGUAUAUCAUAAAGUAUAUCAUAAAUUGUAUAUCAUAGUGAAACAUUUCCAAUACAAAAAGGCACACAGAUCUAAAUAAAGCUUUAGGUUAACUGUGA